AUGUCUCACACAGAGGACCGGCGCUACGUGGAGCUGUGUCAGGACUCCGUUCGUCUGAGUGCAGAAAGCGUGGGACUAGAGAUCACUGAUGAGGUUGCAGCAUUACUGGCAGAAGAUGUAUGUUACAGGCUGCGGGAAAUCACUCAGUUUAGCGCUCAGUCGCUCAGGCACUGUAGACGUAGAAGACUGACUGUAGAGGACUUCAACCGUGCUCUUCGCUGGAGCAAUGUUGAGCCUGUGUAUGGCCAUGGAUCGCCUGAUCCAAUUUCAUUUCGAAGUGUCAGAGAUGGUGAUUGUCAUUGCUCAGAGGACCGUGAUAUCAAUCUAGUGGAACUGGCCUUGGCCACAAACAUUCCCAAAGGGACAGCUGAGACUACAGUGAGGGUCCAUGUCUCUUACCUGGAUGGAAAAGGAAACCUGGAGCCUCAGGGUACAGUUCCUGCUGCAGUCUCUUUACUGACAGAUGACCUACUAAAAUAUUACCAGCGUGUGACAAGAGCAGUGCUGGGGGAUGAUUUACAUCUCAUGAAGGUGGCUCUUCAGGAUUUACAGACUAACCCAAAGAUUGCAGCCCUGUUACCUUAUUUUGUAUAUGUUGUGAGUGGGGUUAAGUCUGUUAGUCAUGAUCUUGAACAGCUGAGCCGUCUGUUGCAGUUGGUGAGGUCUCUUUUGUGGAACCCCUAUCUUUAUUUGGGUAGCUAUGGAUACAGUCUGAUGCAGAGUGUUUUGUACUGUGUGACUGAGCCCCUAGCUGCCUCUAUAAACCCACUUAAUGACCACUGGACUUUGCGAGACUAUGGCGCAGGAUUGCUGAGUUGUAUUUGGACACAUCGAGAUUUAGCGGGCUCACUGUAUACUCAGGUUUUGCAGUCUUUGCAGAAAGUUCUGGGAGAUCCUGUGCGCCCACUGUGUUCUCAUUAUGGAGCUGUUGUCGGUCUUCAUGCCCUAGGCUGGAAGGCAGUAGAGCAAGUAUUGUAUCCUUUGCUUCCAACCUAUUGGGCUGGGCUUCAGACUGUAUUAGAUGAUCACUCCAUGUCCAAUGCACAAGUUAAGGCUGAUGGCCACAAGGUGUAUGGAGCUAUCUUGGUGGCUGUGGAACGUCUACUUAAAAUGAAAGCUCGCUGUAGUGAAUCAGAUAAAGACUCCCCACCACAAUCAUAUCCGUCCUUGCCAUCUGCACCCAGUGUGUCCUUAUUAGAGAUGUACAAUGAGUUGUAUUGUUUCUUUGGAGAUAGCUUGGCUGUGCGAUUUGGCACUGGAGGAACAACCUUGCAGCCAGAGAUUAUUCCCAAAAGUACACAGGAGCCAAAAAAAGAAGGUUCUGUGGAAGGGACACGGAAAAUGCCGCAGUUAACAGCUCAUGGAGAGGAAGAAGUAACCAGCAGGCCAACUCAGCGCCCUCCUCCGAUGUCUCUUACAUCUGCAACCCGCUCUCGUGGAGGUACAAGGCAAGGACAAAGGGUGCUUGGUGUAAGGGAAGCAUUCCAAAGAAGUAGACUUACUCCACGUGGCUCACCCCGGUUUACCUUUCUCAUAGGAGGGAGACAAGCAGGGCGAGGAGGAGGAGGACGCAGGUUUCAGAGUGUCUUCCAACUGCACACUGGACCUGGGGCCACAGCCAGCCGCUAUGCUCAAAAGCUGCCUAUGAUUGGACGAGUGGCAAAAACUGGACGCAGAGGGAUUCAAACUGAUUUGUCACUUUAUUUGCCUCUGUGA